CGGCCCACUCCCAUCCAGCCCUAACUGACCCAUCCAACAUCCAUCGUCCUCCCCAUCCCGGCGCGGCGGCGCGGCAACGCCACCGACCGUCCGACGCCGCCUUCCUACUUCCUCCGCCGCCCUCGCGGUGACCGUAUCGAAGGAAGUGUCGCGCCGUCCACUGGCGGCCUCUCUCCGCCGGACGCGCCUCCUUCCACCGAAGCGAAGCACUCCAUCCACUUCGGAGGAAUUCGUCCUCUCUACUCGUUCCUCAUCCUGCUGUCCUCUUCUGGACCAGCGUGGAGCGGAGAUCUUCCUGUGCCAGGCCACCGCUCGCUCCCCGUCGCUCGGCCACAAGCCGCAUCGCCCGCUCACCCGCCCGGCGGAGCAGUCGCAGCGCCCGGCCUUGCUCAUUCUCGCUCUCCUCCCUCGUCUGUGAACCCCAGACAACAAGAGGUCAGUUGGUCUUUGCAGCUAGAGGGAAAUUUCGCCUUUGUUACUACCAAGUUAUCUGGGUGUUUUCUAUGGUUCAAGGACAAGGAGACAUAUUCUUCAGUUAGUGGGUCUGCUUGUUGAUGGAAGACGACCAGAUUUUAGUUCAGCCAGAGCAGAACCUUAUACCUAGCGAGCAAACCCUUGUCAUUGGUCAAGAGUUUGCAGAUGUUGACACGUGCAGGAGGGCUGUCAAAGACAUGGCCAUUGCUUUGCACUAUGAGCUCCGUGUUGUGAAAUCUGAUCGUAGCCGAUUCAUCGCCAAGUGCUCAAAAGAAGGUUGCCCAUGGCGUGUGCACAUCGCUAAGUGCCCUGGUGUUCCGACUUUCACUGUUCGGACUUUGCACGGGGAGCACACAUGUGAGGGUGUUCGGGACCUGCAUCAUCAGCAGGCUACUGUUGGUUGGGUGGCUAGGUCUGUUGAGGCAAGGUUAAGGGAUAACCCACAGAUUAAGCCAAAGGAGAUAUUGCAGGAUAUUCGGGAGCAGCAUGGGGUUGCUGUAUCUUAUAUGCAGGCAUGGCGUGGAAAAGAGAGAAGUAUGGCUGCCGUCAAUGGUACACUUGAGGAUGGAUACCGCCUUCUUCCUGCAUACUGUGAGCAGAUUGGUAAGACAAAUCCUGGUAGUGUUGCAACAUAUAGAGGGACUGGACCAGGGAAUGCCUUCCAGCGGCUGUUUGUCUCAUUUCGUGCAUCCAUUUAUGGUUUCCUAAAUGGGUGCAGGCCCCUUCUGGAAAUUGACAAGGCUGACCUAAAGGGGAAGUAUCUUGGGACGUUGCUAUGUGCUUCAGCUGUUGAUGCUGAUCACAUGAUGUUCCCUCUAGCGUUUGGUAUUGUUGAUUCUGAGAGUGAUGACAACUGGAGGUGGUUUGUAUCAGAAUUGAGGAAGACGCUCGGAGUUAACACAGAUAAGAUGCCCAUCUUGACAAUACUAUCUGAGAGGAAUCCCCAAGUGGUCAAAGCUGUUGAAGAUAACUUCCCUACUGCUUUCCACGGAUUUUGCUUGAGAUAUGUGAGUGAGAAUUUUCGUGAUGAGUUCAAGAAUCCUAAACUUCUUAACCUUUUUUGGAGUGCUGUUUACACCCUCACGGCAGCAGAAUUUGACGCAAAGGUAAAUGAAAUGAUGCAAGUUCAAGAUGUCAUGCCAUGGUUACAACGUUUUCCACCAAAUCUGUGGGCAGUUGCUUUCUUUGAGGGUAUUCGAUAUGGCCAUUUUAGUCUUGGAAUAACUGAGAUAUUGUACAACUUGUCCCUUGAAUGUCAUGAGCUUCCCAUUGUGCAAACCAUCGAGCACAUCAGGCACCAACUGACCUGCUGGUUUGCUGAACGUCAGAACUUGGCACAAUCAUACAACUCAGUUCUUGUUCCAUCAGCUGAGAAACUUAUUUCAGAAGCCAUCACCGACUCACGAUGUUAUCAAGUCCUUCGAGCAAACAAGGUGGAGUUUGAGAUUGUGUCAUCGGAGCGAACAAACAUUGUGGACACUCAAGCUAGGUUUUGCUCAUGCCGUCGAUGGCAAAUUUAUGGCAUUCCGUGUGCACAUGCUGCUGCUGCACUGCUUUCAUGUGGUGAAGAUCCCCGCCUCUAUGCUCAUGACUGCUUCAGUGUAAUGAAGUACCGGGAAACCUACUCCCAGCCAAUCUAUCCGAUACCAGACAGGAGCCACUGGAACAGUUCAUCGUCUGGGUUACAAGGUGUGGUCAGCAGAGCAGAUGUGAUGCUUAGCCCACCAAAUAUCCGGAGGCCUCCUGGUCGUCCCAAGAUGAAGAUUCUUAAGAUAGAGAGCCUGAAACGACCAAAACGGAUUGUUCAAUGUGGUCGUUGUCAUCUUCUUGGGCAUUCGCAAAAGAAAUGCUCAUUACGAAGCUGACUUUUUUUUUUCCAUUACUGUACAUUGAACUUUGUUUUAUUGACAACAUAGGGAAGUUUAUGUGCGUUUCUGUCUAUCCAUAUUCCUACUAUAUGCAAUUAGUCCAAAUAGUUUGCUUCUGCAAA